UCCCACGGUCCAUAACACGCCACAUUAACCCUUGUAUUUCAAUUCCUGAUUGAGCGUAAUCCACCAUGCACGCGCUCUCAGAUUUGUGCUGGUCUAUGUCCAGGCAACAAUUUCCCGUCACGCCAGAAACGUAUCGUGUCCGUCCAAGUUUCAACAUUAGAAAAUUUUCAAUUCCGAGCGCAUCUGCCCUCUUCAAAUGACCAAGGCCCAACUGACCUCCAUGGACAGCUCCAUCGUUUUUCUACCACUCAAAAAUCUAGCUUGGCAAGCUUCCUACACAUCUCAAGCAAUGGCUCCCUGCAACUCUAGAUCCCUCCACAUCCCAGUUCUCCUCUUUCCGUUGUUAUCUGUACUAAUCCCCCAUGCAAGCCCUCUAUCGUUCAACUUCACUGGCGAUGAACUGGACAAAUCGAACUUAAACUUCUCUGGUAACGCCCACUUUGAUGCCGGGCUCCAACUGACCAAUAACCAGGUGAACACUAACCUUUACCACAGCAUCGGAAGCGCCACAUAUUAUAAACCGGUCUCUCUCUGGGACAAAGCUUCAGGAACGGUUGCCAACUUCACAACAAAUUUCAGAUUUGCAAUCAACGGCUUUGGCCAAAACGUAAGUGCCGAUGGGCUUGCUUUCUUCCUCUCACCCUUCCCUUUUGAGGCUCCAUCAAAUUCAUCUGGUGUAGGUCUUGGACUAUUUACAAAUAAUGAUUUCGUAGGACAGCCGAAUACGGGGGUCGUGGCUGUCGAAUUUGAUAGCUUCAAAAACCCUUUGACCAACGAUAUAAGCGCUAACCAUGUGGGCAUCGACAUCGGUUCCAUCAAUUCCACAGCACAAGUGGACUUGAAUGCUAGCAUCAGAGAGAAUGGGUCAUUCAUUGCAUCCAUUAGUUACAAUUCUGUUACUCAAAAUUUGAGCGUCUUCCUCAGGAAUGAUUCAAAUCCUCCAAGGAAUUGGAGCCUGUUUUAUGUUGCGAAUUUGAGCAAAUUGCUGCCUGAGAAUGUAGCCAUUGGUUUUUCAGCUGCCACUGGGGCCCGUUACGAGACGCAUACCAUCUAUUCCUGGGAUUUCAACUCCUCCGAUUUAAGUUCUCAAUAUCUUGCUCCCGGUCCUGCAUCUAGUCCGAGUAUUGGAUUCUUUGAAGCCAAGCACAAGAGUAAGAUGAGAUUGGUGGUGAAGCUUGCUAUUGGUAUUGGGAUCUUGCUAUGUGUGUUGGGUUUAGUGCUGUUUGUAGUAUGGCAUAAGAGGGCUAAUGGUGGAAUGGAAGAAGAAGAAGAGAUGGCUCUUGAGUUGUCCAUCCAUAAUGCAUUUAAGCGAGGUGGCGGCCCUAAGAAAUUUUCUUAUAGGGCACUCGCGAUUGCAACCAGAAAUUUUGUUAAGGAGGCAAAGCUUGGGGAAGGAGGUUUUGGGGAGGUUUACAUGGGAGUGUUGCAUGAUACGGAG